UCUCGUCUCCGGCAUCCGUCGGUUAUUCCCGCCAGGACUCGGCUGUCUCCGGCGGCCUCCCCGGUAACGGUCGCUGUGAGUUUAAAUGAGCCGGAGCCGCCCGAUUGACGUCCUGAGAGUCGCCGACAGGGGAGAGAGAGUUCCCGAGAGUGGGAGAGCGAGCUCGUACAGGAGGCCGAGAAGAAGGCCGGAUAAUGACGGUGCUGCAGGAACCCGUCCAGGCUGCUAUAUGGCAAGCGCUGAAUCACUAUGCGUACAGAGACGCCGUGUUCUUGGCCGAAAGACUCUACGCUGAAGUGCAUUCGGAAGAGGCGUUAUUUCUGCUGGCCACGUGUUAUUACCGCUCAGGAAAAGCAUACAAGGCUUACAGACUCCUGAAAACCCACAGCUGCACAACCCCACAGUGUAAAUACCUUCUAGCGAAAUGCUGCGUGGACCUCAGCAAACUUGCCGAGGGAGAGCAGAUCCUGGCUGGCGGGGUGCUGAAUAAACAAAAGAGCCAGGAGGAAAUAGUUACAGAAUUUGGAGAUUCUGCCUGCUUUACACUCUCGCUGCUCGGCCAUGUAUAUUGCAAAACGGAUAGACUGGCCAAAGGAUCCGAAUGUUACCAAAAGAGCCUUAGUUUAAAUCCCUUCUUGUGGUCGCCGUUUGAAUCCUUAUGUGAAAUAGGUGAGAAGCCAGAUCCAGAACAGACCUUUAAACUGACCUCCCUCCAGAACUUUAGCAGUUGCCCACCUAACACUUGCGCAGUGAUGGUGAACACACACAGCGUGAUAUCGCACAGGCAGCUCGACACAGUGUUAAUGGAAACUCCGCAAGACACUAUAGAACUGAACAGACUGAACCUGGAGUCCUCCAAUGCAAAAUACUUACUGAACACAGAUACGUCGGUGUCCUACAUAGACCCAACUGUCAUCUCCCCUGAAUCCUACCCCCUGGGGACCGGCUCCUCCAUCUUGACCAAACAGGCGCAGAACAAACCAAAGACUGGACGCAGCCUGUUGGGGGGUCCGGCCGCACUAAGUCCACUAACCCCAAGCUUUGGGAUUUUGCCAUUGGAAACUCCCAGCCCUGGAGAUGGAUCCUACUUGCAAAACUACAACUCGUCAUGUGUCCUGGACGUGCCAUCCAGCGGCGCCCCGGCAAAAAAGUCUGUUCCCAGAAUCAGUCAAACCGGAACAAAGUCUGUCUUCUCACAGAGCGGCAACAGUCGAGAUGUCACUCCAGUCCUCCUCAUGCAGACUCAGGGUUCUGGCCCUCAGACAAGCACCACACCUCAGGUCCUGAGCCCAACAAUAGCCGCGCCGCCCAAUGCGUUACCACGUCGGAGCUCACGGCUUUUCACCAACGACAGCUCCACCACAAAGGAAAAUAGUAAAAAGCUGAAAAUGAAAUUUCCACCCAAAAUCCCGAACCGGAAAACAAAAAGCAAAACCAAUAAAAGCGGCGUCACGCAAGCAAACUUGAACGAGAGCCUGGAAAUUAGCAAGCUGGACGCCUCGAUUAUCUCCGAGGGGAAGAUCUCCAGCGUUGGCCCGCAGAUCCAGGCGCUCAGUAUACAGAAAGCGGCUGCCGAAGGGUUGAUGAGUCUCCUGAGGGACAUGGGGAAAGGUUAUUUGGCGUUGUGCUCGUACAACUGCAAGGAGGCGAUCAAUAUCCUAAGUCACCUCCCGUCCCACCAUUAUAACACGGGCUGGGUGCUGUGCCAGAUCGGCAGGGCGUACUUCGAGAUGGCGGAAUAUCUGCAGGCGGAGCGGGUGUUCUCUGAUGUGCGCAGGAUUGAAAACUACAGAGUGGAGGGCAUGGAGAUAUACUCGACGACGCUAUGGCACUUACAAAAAGACGUGGCGUUAUCUGUCCUCUCCAAAGAUCUGACGGACAUGGACAAGAAUUCCCCAGAGGCUUGGUGUGCUGCCGGAAACUGCUUCAGUUUGCAAAGGGAGCAUGACAUUGCCAUAAAGUUCUUCCAGCGGGCGAUUCAGGUGGAUCCGGGCUAUGCCUACGCGUUCACGCUGCUAGGGCACGAGUUCGUACUCACCGAGGAGCUAGACAGAGCUCUGGCCUGCUUUAGGAACGCAAUCCGCGUCAACCCCAGACACUACAAUGCCUGGUAUGGUCUCGGAAUGAUUUACUACAAGCAGGAGAAGUUCAGCCUGGCCGAGAUGCAUUUCCAAAAGGCACUGGAUAUCAAUUCCCAGAGCUCUGUAUUGCUGUGUCACAUUGGAGUGGUGCAGCACGCGCUGAAGAAGUCUGACAAGGCUUUGGACACUUUGAACAAAGCCAUUUCCAUUGACCCCAAAAAUCCUCUAUGCAAGUUCCACCGGGCCUCCAUUCUGUUUGCCAACGAGAAGUACAAGUCUGCGCUGCAGGAGCUUGAGGAGCUGAAACAGAUUGUCCCCAAGGAAUCCCUUGUGUACUUUCUCAUAGGAAAGGUGUACAAGAAGCUGGGGCAGACACACCUGGCCCUUAUGAAUUUCUCAUGGGCCAUGGACUUGGAUCCCAAAGGAGCCAAUAACCAGAUCAAAGAGGCCAUAGACAAGCGGUACCUGCCAGACGACGAGGAGGCAGUCACCCAGGAAGAACAGAUUAGCGAGUGCUACCCCUAUGAAUCAGUGGGAACCGACGAAUCACAGGAGAGCAGCAUGACAGAUGCAGACGACACACAAUUGCACGCUGCUGAGAGCGAUGAAUUUUAACCCCUCUUACCCUGCGGGACCUGUGGGGCAGAGGAGUUGACUGUUAUUUUACUCUGCAACCCCCCCGGCCUCGCACCCUUGCCUUCUCAGACGCCUUUGGCAGGCCGCCAUUUUGUAUCAUCUUCAUCAUUGCCUCGUCUACCGCCGUCGGCAGUUCUUUUCCCGCUUCCCAUCCUCUUCGUUUUAAUGACCGGCAGAGAAUUAAAGACUGUGAGAUUAUAUGGGUAGCAUUUACCUGGCCUCCUUUUUCAGGGAGAGGAGGGUUCCGGGGGCGUGAGGAAGGCAGGGAUUGAAUCUCAAACGUGGCCUCUAUAAAUGGUGGUGGUCGGUCUGGACCCUCCGGAGGUAGGAUGGAGCUCAGCCAAUUCCUCCUCCUAAACAAAGAUGUUUAAGGCAAAAUAAAUACCCAUUCCUUAUACCCAG